AUAAAGAUUUCCGGUCUCCAUUUUAUUGUAGCUUGCAGAUACAGACAGGCGGUUCGACGAAGGACGGGAAACGAAUCGACUAUCAGUGUUUGUUUUAAAAUACGUUACGUUUCUCAUUCACGUUUGCGGAGUAUCAAUUUUUGUUUUGAAAAUUGAGGCCUGUUGAAAUGGGAGAUCCAGCCAUGCACCGAGAUUGCCCUCUCGACUGCAAGGUCUACGUGGGAAACCUGGGGAACAACGGCAAUAAGACAGAGCUGGAGCGGUCAUUCGGCUAUUAUGGGCCACUUCGCAGUGUCUGGGUAGCUAGGAACCCCCCAGGCUUUGCUUUUGUGGAAUUUGAAGAUCCAAGGGAUGCAACCGACGCAGUGAGAGAACUUGAUGGAAGGACAUUAAGUGGUUCCCGUGUGCGGGUGGAGCUGUCCAAUGGUGAGAAACGCACCCGCAACCGGGGUCCUCCUCCAUCGUGGAGCCGACGUCCUCGAGAUGACCAUCGUGGGCGUCGUGGUAGCCCGCCCGCCAGGCGCAGAUCCCCACGUAGGAGGAGCUUCAGCCGCAGCCGAAGCAGGUCUCUCUCCAGAGACAGGAAGAGGGAGAGAUCUUUGUCCCGGGACAGGAACCACAAACCCUCAAGAUCAUUUUCCCGAUCAAGGAGCCGCUCCAGGUCUACGGAGAGAAAGUAAGGAAAUGCAUGGCAGUAGAGUUUGACGACGAAGAAGAUGAAUGAACUUCUUUUUUUUUUUUACUGAUAUUUUAGCGGUUUCGUUUUUGCUUCUCUGUGACAUGUAAGGUAUCCAAUUCCUCUGUAUUUUGUAAAUAAGUUGGUAUGCAGGUGAAACGCAUGACUAAAAUGGUUGUUAGUCCUGUUAAUGCCAAGACAUACCGUAGUUGUCCACAAGCAGUAUUCCAUUUCAUCAAUCAUUAUAAGCGUUCUCUAUUUGUCCAUGAGUACCAGCUCACGGAAACACACCAUUCUAAAUAGUCUAGUGCUCAAGUCAUGUUCCAUGUCAGCAAGAUUAGUGUGUCUGGAUGUGGUGGAAGGCUAUGGUCAGCUAUCCUAUUGUCGGUUAAUAUACCGAUAUGUUUUCUAUUGACCUCUAGGACUUCCACUAUUCUUCCAGUUCCUGUUUGUAAAGGUUUGUCUUUGCAAAUAACGGCACCCUUAUUUUGACUACAAUAGACCACUGUUUUUCUUUUCCUUGGUAUUUGUACUACUUAUGUUCUCUGAAUUAAACUAGUUGUAAAAAGGCUUCUUACA